AGACCCCUCUGCAAUUCCUUUCCAUUUGAUUAUACCACCUGUCCAACAGUUCACGGCUACUGGCGAUUGAUUUCCAUUAUUCCAUUACUUUCUCUUUCUCUCUCCUCUGAGAUUGUAUCCCUUCAUAGUUUCUCAAGGAUUGCUUGCGUUCACUCUGUGUCAGUAAUUUGUGAGUAUGGCAUCCUUCUUCCUAAACUCCCACCUCUGCUGCACCAUGCGACAUCCUUCUCCUUCUGUUCUAUGUGAUAACGGCCGCAGCGCUCUAUUAUUUGAGGGGCGUUUGCCUUUUGAAUUUUCUCACUCUCAGUCUCAUUGGAUGGAAAAGAGGAGGAUGAUGAAGCGUGGAGGGUUCCUCCUUGUUCAAUCCAUGGAGGAGAAACCCAAGUUCGGUAGUCCUCCUGACCUCCCAUCCACCUCCGGCGAUUACCAGGAACUCAUGCAGAGACCUGGCACUUGUGAUCCAUUGUGUUCAGUUGAUGAAAUGAGCUCAUUGGAGUUUGAAGCUAAUUACCAGCCAAAGACUGAUUUGUUGAAGGCGUUCGCCAUUUUGGCUGCAGCUGGAGUGGGAGCAGUUGCACUUAAUCACUCUUGGGUAGCUGCUAAUCAGGAUCUUGCCAUGGCACUGGUAUUUGCAUUAGGGUAUGCAGGAAUAAUAUUCGAAGAGUCUUUAGCAUUCAACAAAAGUGGUGUUGGACUUCUGAUGGCUGUUUGCUUAUGGGUUAUACGAAGCAUUGGGGCUCCUUCAACAGAUAUAGCUGUAAAUGAACUGACUCAUGCUUCUGCCGAAGUCAGUGAAAUUGUAUUUUUCUUGCUUGGUGCAAUGACCAUAGUUGAGAUAGUUGAUGCCCAUCAAGGGUUCAAGCUGGUUACAGAUAAUAUCACCACUCGGAAACCACGUACGCUCCUUUGGGUGGUUAGUUUUGUCACAUUUUUUCUCAGUGCAAUCCUCGACAAUUUGACAACCACGAUUGUGAUGGUGUCAUUAUUGCGGAAACUUUUACCUCCAUCUGAAUACAGGAAAUUUCUUGGAGCUGUUGUUGUGAUAGCAGCGAAUGCUGGUGGGGCUUGGACUCCAAUUGGUGAUGUUACAACAACGAUGUUAUGGAUACAUGGUCAAAUCUCAACGGUGCAAACAAUACAGAAUCUGUUUAUACCUGCAGUAGUUUCUUUGGCUGUCCCUCUGGCCCUUAUGUCUCUUACCAGUGAAGUUGAUGGUAAGGGACAGGAAUCUCCUGAUGUUUUGGCAUCAGAGCAAAUGGCCCCUAGAGGGCAGCUUGUUUUUGGUGUUGGAAUUGGUGCAUUAUUGUUUGUUCCCAUAUUCAAGGCUAUAACAGGUCUUCCUCCUUACAUGGGUAUACUACUAGGACUCGGAGUCCUUUGGAUCUUGACUGAUGCAAUUCAUUAUGGGGAAUCUGAAAGGCAAACGUUGAAAGUACCACAAGCUUUAUCCCGGAUCGAUACACAAGGAGUUCUUUUUUUUCUUGGAAUUCUACUCUCUGUGAGCAGCCUUGAGGCUGCCGGGAUCCUGAGAGAAUUGGCCAACUAUCUGGAUGCCCACAUACCAAAUGUAGUACUGAUCACAAGUGCCAUCGGUGUUGUAUCGGCAGUGAUUGACAAUGUCCCAUUGGUUGCUGCCACUAUGGGAAUGUACCACCUCUCUUCUUUCCCAAUGGAUGCUGAGUUUUGGCAGCUCAUUGCUUACUGUGCGGGUACGGGGGGGUCCAUGCUCAUAAUUGGCUCGGCAGCUGGUGUAGCAUUUAUGGGAAUGGAGAAGGUUGAUUUCUUUUGGUAUCUAAGGAAGGUGAGCGGGUUUGCUUUUGCAGGGUAUACUGCUGGGAUUGUGGCGUAUUUAGUGGCACAUAACUUCCAUGACUCUAUCCAAACAACCCUAGCUCAAGUCCCAUUCUUGCCUAGCUCAUAAAGUUUGUGCUUAAACUUAGGCAAUAAAUAUGCAGAACGAGCAGUGACCACAGUUACAAGUGUGAAAGGCGCUACUGGAAGGAAAUGACAUUCAGAAAACGGAAGACAAAUUUGGGUGUAACGUCUCCCUUAAUAGAGAGGGAGAGAGAGAGAAUAAAUGCACAGGUAUUUUAAGAGAGAGUACAUGCACCUGUAGUUUGUUGUAUCUAGUAUAAAAGAUGGGAAAAGUUUAUAUAGCCGAGGCUCUAAACAAUCAAAUUUGAGCCUACUUCAAAAAUUCCACUAGAA